UUUUUGUAACAUUCCAUGACGUGGGCUGAACAUUAUAUGAAAGAGCCGGCCGAGCCCAGGAGGACCCACAACCUCAACAUGGGUUUAGCCACUUUGCUUCUCGCUUUGUUCCUCAUCUGCCAUGGGGGGGUCAGCGAGAUACUUCAGAGCUUCAAUGAUGUUCCUCACUGCCAGAACUUCUUCCACCAAGGUCAGGAGCCCAUUAGACUAGACUCGCCCAGCACAGCCCGUAUAUGUCAGCGACUACAAGGGGUGUAUUAUUAUGCCACCCUGUACCACCGGGACGCCCGAGUGCCAAUCUACUCCGCUUAUAUCCUGGAGAAAUCCACCACCUCCCGACCCGACCUGUCCUCUAGCAGCUGGUACCUGGAGCCCAUGUUGGCAGAACUGCCCCAGGAGAACAUGCUCCAGCCGUCCCAUAGUGCACUGCAGCCGGAAUUAGCGCGGGUGACUGAGAGUCAAGCUGUUAAUGAUGAUUAUAGGAACUCGGGUCUCACGCGGGGGCACCUGAACCCUAGUGGGCACCACAGCAGUGAGUCUCAGCUCUCCACCUUCACUUACACCAACAUGGCACCACAACAAGGAAACUUCAACAGCGGCUCUUGGAAUAAUUACGAGACUUUCCUAAAGGACAGUGUCCUCCCCUCCUGCUCCCAGACCCACGUUAUUACGGGCGUUAUACUGUCGGGGUUCAACCCCGAGGAGGGCGUGUGGCUGCGGGGGCGAGUCAAUGUGCCCACAUUCUUUUGGAGUGCGUUUUGCUGUGUGCGAGGAGACGGCUCCCGGCGGGCAGAGGGCCGAUUGGGCAGUAACGUUGCUCCUUAUGAAGUUCUCACAAAAUCUGUCCCUCAGCUGGAAAGUGUCCUUAGUCAGGAGUACGGCCAGAAUGUCUUACUCUUCCCUGGUGGGUGUCAGUAAUUUCCAUUAAAUCCAAACCCCCCCCCCCAUAUUGAAUUACUUUCUCCCAUUGUUUCCCAGUGACCUCCCCUCUGAGUCAUGUCCUGCAAGUCUGACCCAGGAUCCACAAUCAGCACAUGGGCAGCGGGUCAGGCCCCUCAUAAAUAAAAUGUCAGGGCCACAGCCUCCUUUCCAUACCCCCCCCCUCCGGACCCAUCACAAAUCUAUACAAUAUAUAUGUGUCAAUUAGGACACGCCCACCUCUUAGGCAAGUGUGCAAUUACACACACACUCACACGGAGCGGCUAAUUUAUCAAGGGUCGAGGUCAAUUUUCGUAUGAAAAGAAAUCACAUUUCAAGCUAUUUUUGUCUACAUCGACUAGGGAAUAGUCAAAAUUCGAUUUGAAUUUAAAAAAAAAUUUGAAAAUUCAAACAUGGAAAUUUAUCAUGUACUGUCUCUUUAAAAAUUCGAUUUCAACCACUCGCCAUCUAAAACCUGCCGAAUUGCUGUUUUAGCCUAUGGGGGACCUCCUAGAACCUAUUUGGAGUCAUUUGGUGGACUUUAAAAAAUCUACAUUUUUUUGGGGAAAACUUUGAAUCAAAUUUGAUCGAAUGCGCUAUUCGUACAAUUCAAAUUCGGCCGACUUAAUUUCGGUUGGUCUCUUUGAAUUAAAAUUUUGAAGUUUUUUCAAUUUGAAAUUCGACCCUUGAUAAAUAUGCCCCUAACUGUUGAUCCAUUUAAACAUUCCCAACAUCUGAAUAUUGAUCGAUUGCUCCCCAUGAGCGCUACAGACCGGCCGCCAGAAUUUCGAAAGGCGAAACAGCGCAGGGCUCCCCCCAUAGAUCAGAAUGGCCUGUCAGGAAUCAGUUAUGGGAAAGAGCCCGAAUUAAAUGUCAGGAAUGUUUUUGUUGAUCAAAUAAUCCAAAUGUUUAAAAUGAUUUCCCUUUUCUGUGUAAUAAUAAAAUAGUCGCUUGUACUUGAUCCCAACUAAGAUAUAAUUAAUCCUUAUUGGAGGCAAAACCAGCCUAUUGGGUUUAAUUAAUGUUUUAUUGUUGUUUUAGUAGGGAGAUCUAAUUUACAGCAAGACCCCUUAUCCAGAAAACCCCAGGUCCCAUGUAUGGUGGAUAACAGGUCCUGUAUUUGUUAAAUCAGCAGUUUCACAUUGUCCAUUGUAUGACAUCACUAAUGACCCCAGUCCUACGGAAACGAGGUUCCAAAAAUGAUGUUUCAUCAAUAGAAAGAAAAAAUGAUGUAAUUCUGCCCCAUUAUGUCCAUUGCAGCUUUUAUUUACUAAUAAAAUCUCCUUUUCCUCUU